CAUCGAAAUUGUUCUCUGGUGCCAAUCACCAUUCCGCGCGCCCUGGUCUCGGCUCGGCUAUCAGUCAAACAAUCUUCUUUUGUCAAUAGUUUCGAUUAUCAGUCCCUCGGUCGAUUGCUUGACUCCUCGUCCUUAUAUAGUCCCAAGCCGGUCUUUUCGGGGGGGCAUUGUUUACAGGCCUGUACAUACAUACCCACUUCUCCAGUCCCCUCCCCACCUCCUCACCAGCGCAUUGAACCAAAUCACAAUCACCAUGGAAUAUACUAGGCACCCCUAUCGCCAAUUCCUCGGCCAACACGGCUACAUCGAAGGAGUUGCUUUGCACGAGAAAACCACCAAAAAACCCUACUGCCACUACUUCGGCGGGGUACGCUACGCCCACCCGCCCCCGCAACGUUGGCGCAAGGCCCAGAAGCUGUCCACCUCCUACUCGUAUGGCUCGAAAGAUCAACCAGGCCGUGCGGACGGGCGUACGGGGAUCUGCCCGCAGCCUCGAUUCCUGGAUGUGGUCUCCGAGGACGGCUGGACGGAGGAUUGUUUCCAGUGCAACAUCUGGGUUCCUACAGGCAAGGCACCUGAGAAUGGCUGGCCAGUUCUCUUCUUCAUCCACGGUGGAUUCCUCCAAUUCGGAGACCCCAAUGCAUUCUCCGCCGCCGCUCUUCUCGGAGAAGCCCAAUUGAACGCCAUCGUCGUCCUCCCAGCCUACCGCCUGAACGUGUUCGGCUUCCUCUACUCCUCCGAGCUGGAGCAAGACGCCGCCUCCGUGAACGAGAGCGUGGGCAACCACGGCUUCUGGGAUCAACGCCUGGCCCUAGAAUGGACCCGGGAUCACAUUCGUCUAUUUGGGGGGAAUCCCUCCGAGAUCACCGUAGCAGGAUACUCAGCAGGGGCCUACUCAACCUUCCACCAACUCUCCCACGACCUCUCCCUGCCCCCAGACCAAUCCAUAAUCAAAAGAGUCUGCAUCUGGUCCAACAGCCCGGUCGCGCAACCCAAACCCCCCACCACCGCGCAAACCCAAUUCACGCAGCUCCUGCACCAGCUGUCCAUCCCCUGCACCCUGCCCGGCCCCGAACGCCUCGAACGCCUGCGGGCCGUCCCCGCCCCAACCCUCCUCCAGGCCGCCAUGGCCCUCCCCAGCAACAACCAAUUCCGGCCCACCACCGACGGCACGUUCAUCGCCAGCGACCUCUUCACCUCCCUCGACGACGGCACCUGGGCCCGCCGCCUCCGCGCCCGGAACAUCCGCAUCCUCUGCGGCGAAUGCCGCGACGAGCGCAACCUCUACGCGACGUGGUUCCCGCCCACCGAAGACUCCCUCCCCGCGCUGCGGGACCGCCUGAGCGCCGAGUACCCGCGGCCGCUGGUCGAGACCCUCCUGCAGCUGUACUACCCGGACGGAAAGCUCCCGAAAGGCGUCCGGGAUUGGCGCACCGAUGCCUUUGGGCGCGUCUAUGCGGACAUGCAGGUGCAUAAGAUGCAGCGGGGGUUGGUGCAUGCCUUGGCGGAAACGGCGGCACCGGAGGGGGGGGCGGGGGAGGCGGCAUCAACAACAGACAACCUGGUGUAUCGGUACCGCGUCGAGUAUCGGCUGAAGUGCGCCGAUAAGUCCCUCCCGCCCAGUUGGGGCGUGACCCAUGCCACCGAUCAGUAUAUCUGGUUCUGGGGCAAUGGGGAACGGGUCGAGCCCCAGGAGAAAGCCGUCAUCUGGAACGCCCUGGUUGAGCCCCUGAAGAAGUUCGUGCACGGGGAAUCAGAUCUCCAGUGGGGGACCGUGGGUCAUAAGCAGCUGAGGACCCUGCUGCCGGAUGGCUCGGUCCAGAUCAAGGAGGAUGCCUUCUGGGAUGAGGCCAUGCGCGUCUGGAAGGCCUUGAGGGAGGUGGGUGAGCCAGACAGCGCUUCCGUUGCGAAGCUAUAAUCAUGAAUCUCGAGCCCAUCCUAUCCACUGGCAUUGAAAUGUGUCUUAUCUAUGGUCUUCUGGUUGACAACUAGAGAACCGACAUGGCUUAGGUG